AUGGUGGGGCCCAAGGAGCUGAAGGAAGUGGGGCUGGAUGUUCCUGAUCCCUUUUCUCCCAAAAUGAAGCUCCCUGGGCUUUGGCUGUGUGUGAGCUUUGGCUGUGCUGCCUCCCUCAGCCCCUCGUGUCUGUCAGCUCAGUUCAGGAGGCCGGGGGAUUUUAUCCUGGGGGGUUUGUUCCCCUUUGGGAAGGACACUGUGAACCUGACAGCUCGCUCAGAGCCCACCCUGCUGCGCUGUGAGAGGUUAUUCAUGGAUGGGCUGAUCUGGGCUCUCGGGAUGAGGUUCGCCAUCGACCAGAUCAACAAUUCCAGCUCCCUCCUGCCGGGAAUAAGGCUGGGAUACGACAUGUAUGACACCUGCUUUGAGCCCCUGGUGGCCCUGCAGCCCAGCCUGCUGUUCCUGACCCGGAACGGCACCACAGGGAUUGGGAUUCUCUGCAACUACACCGAGUACCAGCCCCGCAUCACUGCCAUCAUUGGGCCCCACAAGUCAGAUCUCUGCCUGCUCACAGCCAAGCUCUUCAGCUCCUUCUUGAUCCCGCAGGUGAGCUACGGAGCCAGCAGUGAGACCCUGAGCAACACGGAGCUGUACCCGUCCUUCUACCGCACUGUCCCCAGCGACAAGAACCUGGUGGAAGCUGUGGUGAUGCUGCUCAACCAGUUUGGCUGGAACUGGAUUGCCACAGUGGGCAGCGACGAUGAGUAUGGCCGGGGUGCCCAGGCUCUCUUCCUGAGCAUGGCUGGCAAUGACAACAUCUGCAUUGCCUUCGAGGGGUUCAUCCCCACAGACCUGGCUGAGCCCAACGCCAGAAAGCAGCUGGAAGACACCGUUAAAUUAAUUAAUAGCACCAAAGUCAACGUGGUUGUUCUGUUUGCCUACAGCCUGCCUGCCCAGGCCCUGCUGGAACACAGCAUCAGGAUGGGGCUGGGCAAGAAGGUCUGGAUUGGCACCGAGGCCUGGAUGCUGUCGGACGUCGCCGCCUACACGCCCAACAUCCAGAGCAUCGGGACAGUGCUGGGCUUUGUCUCGAGAACAGGGACAGUCCCUGGCUUCCGGGAGUACGUGGCUGAGCUCUUCAGCUCUGUUGAGCAAGAGAAAUUCUGCCAGCAGUCCCGGGAGCUGAGCCGCCUCAUGAACACCGAGGUGCUGGACACACACUGCCAGCAGUGUGACCACGUCACCCUUGGGGACAUCUGGCCCCUGCUCAGGGUGACCAUGGUGCAGCCGGUGCACAUGGCUGUGUACAGCGUGGCCCACGCCCUGCACAGAGCCCUGGGCUGUACCUCUGAAGGCUGUCCCAAAACACCCAUCAGGUCCUGGCAGCUGCUGCACUUCAUGAACACCCUCCCAUUCGAGGUGAAUGGCCAGAGCUUCAGGUUUGAUCAAUCCCAUGGCACAAACACUGGGUAUAAACUCAUCUUCUGGGCCUGGAGGGAUGGCACCCUAACCUACCUGCCCGUGGGGGACUAUGACCAGUCCCUGUACAUCCAGAAGUCCCAGAUCCAGUUCCACACUGCAGAUAAGAAGGAGCCCACGUCUGAGUGCUUCAGACGCUGCCAACCAGGACAAUUCAGAAGAAUAAAAGGAUUCAAUCUCUGCUGUUAUGACUGUACAGACUGUUCAGAAAACACCUUCUGGAGCAGUACAGACAGCACCAGCUGCUCCCCAUGCCCGCAGCACCAGUGGGCCCCGGCCCGUAGCACGCAGUGCCACGAGCGCACCGAGAGGUUCCUCUUCUGGGACGAGCCCAUGGCCGUGGCCUUGAUGACACUGAUGGCCCUGACGGCGGCCCUGAGCUGCUUGACAGCACUGCUGUUCCUGAAGCACCUGCAGACCCCCAUGGUGCAGGUGGCAGGGGGUGGCAGGAACCUCUUUGCCCUGCUCUGGCUGCUGCUGCAGAGCCUCAGCUGCUGCCUGUACGUGGGCAGGCCCAGCGCCGGGCUGUGCGCGGUGCAGCAGCUCUCCUACGCCCUGUGCCUCAACGGCUGCUUCUCCACCUUCGUCCCCAAGGCCCUGGAGAUCAGCCUGCUGACGGAAUUCCCCCGCUGCGCUCCCAGGCUGCUGCGCUGGGUGACCCACGGCAGGGCCUGGCUGCUGGUGGCCGCGUCCCUCCUCACCCAGGCGCUGCUCUGCUUCUGCCACCUCCGCCUAGGCCCCGAUUACUUGGUGGCCGACUACAAAUCCCUGCCCAGCGAGGUGGUGCUGGUGUGUGGCACCCAGUCCUGGGCUGCCUUUGCCCUCCUGCACGGCUACAACAGCUGCCUGGCCUUCGCCUGCUUCCUGUGCACCUUCAUGGUGCAAACCCCGGCCAGGAGGUACAACGUGGCCAGGGGCAUCACCUUUGCCACCCUCAUUUAUUUCAUCAUCUGGAUCUUCUUUGUGGUGGUUUUUGCCACGCUGAGGACAGUCCUCAGGGCUGUCACACAGAUUUGCACCAUCCAGGCCACCACCCUGGGGAUCUUGGCCAGCUACUUCGUGCCCAAAUGCUACAUCAUGGUGUUCAGGCCUGAUCUGAACACAGGGGAUUAUUGCCAGAACCCCGCUGAGGAGGAGCCAGAAGAGGAUUCGGUGAACAGACAAUAAACCACACCCUCUGUAACCUGUCAUCAGCAGAAGCUGGAUUUUAAGGAGAAAAUCAUGUUUAUGAGCACUGUAUGGCCCCAGGCACAAUCACAUAUGAACUAGAGCUGUGAAAGCAUAGGGCUCAGCAGCUGAACUCCAGAGGAGCAGCCUCCAUCCUCUUUGGAAACACCUUUCAGCCCCAAAAAGAAGCCAAAAUUAGGUUCAAGUAAUGAAAUAGCCUCCAGAAAUGGUAUUUUACAUCAGUCUCUCAAGUCUGGCAAUGUGAACCUCACCAACACCACUUCCCUGUAAACACUUCUGGUAAUUUGCCUUUCUUAUUAAUCAACAGCUCCAGAGAUAUAUCCAGGAAUCCUUUCCCAAGCCUUGUUAGAAUUUUCAAAUAUAUCCAAUAAAAGAGAAGUAAAAAGAACAUUCUGACAGGUAACAGAAGUUGUGUGUGUGAUACAAAGGGGGCAUUACCCAUUCAAAUCCCAGCUCAUUCCAUUUGUGUUCCAUGGAAAUCAGAGAAAGACACAUGGAAAUGAGCUCUGUGCAAAUCACACUCUCCAAAGACACAGCAGGAGGUUCCUCCAUCCAAAAAAACAGGCAAAGAUCACCAAAAAACUUCAUAUUGUUUCCAGCAGUACCAAGUCAAUAUCCAGUCAUAUCACCAAGAUUUUUCUUUUCCCCACUCAUGCUGACAAAUAACUAUUCUGCUCUUUUAUUCCUUGAAAGUUUUUCCAUUUCUGCUCUUUUCUUCCCUAGAUUAAAAUUUGUUCCAUCUCUCCGCUGUGUGUUACUGGAAUUUAAUCAGUU